AUGUCGAUUGGCGACGCCUGGUCAAGCUUCAUGGUCAGCAUGAACAAGGAGCAGGCCUUUGAACUUCUGGACGCUUUCGUCGCUGCGGGCGGGAACUUCAUCGAUACGGCCAACGAUUACCAAAACGAGCAGUCCGAGGCCUGUUUGGGCGAGUGGAUGAAGCCGAGGGGUAACAGAGACCAGCUCGUCAUCGCAACCAAGUUCACCUCCGAGUACAGAUCUCAUGCUCUCGGAAAGGGAAAGACGCCCAAUUAUUUCGGAAACCACCGCCGUAGUCUGUAUAUGAGCGUACACGAUUCCUUGGCCAAAUUGCAGACCGACUGGAUCGAUAUCUUGUACCUUCACUGGUGGGACUACACGACAUCGAUAGAAGAGGUCAUGGACAGCAUGCAUGCGCUUGUCGACCAGGGCAAAGUCCUCUACUUAGGAAUUUCUGAUACCCCGGCGUGGAUCGUGGGCGCGGCAAACACCUACGCUAGCCUGCAGGGCAAGACUCCCUUCUGUAUCUACCAAGGCCGGUGGAACGCCAUGAACCGCGACUUUGAGCGCGAGAUCAUCCCGAUGGCCCGCCACUUUGGCAUGGCCCUGGCUCCCUGGGAUGUUCUCGGCGCGGGCAAAUUCCAGAGCAAAAAGGAGCUCGAUGAACGCAAGAAGCGGGGCGAGAGCCUGCGCAGCCUCUUCAGCGGCGACAUGACGGAGAACCAGACCGCCGAGGAGGUGCGCAUGAGCGAGGUUCUGGCCGAGGUGGCCGCAGAACACGGCAUCGAGUUCGUCACAGCGAUUGCACUCGCGUACGUGUUGAGCAGAACGCCAAACGUCUUCCCGCUCGUGGGUGGGAGGAAGGUGAAAUACUUGGAGGAUAACAUACAGGCGCUGAAGAUCAGGCUGACGGAGGACCAAGUGCGCCGGUUGGAGGCUGUGAGGCCGUUUGAUCCCGGGUUUCCGAGCAACUUCAUUGGGGAGGACCCGAAGGUUUCGGGUCAGCCCAGCGCUCUGCUAUCUCGAGCUGGGCCUUUGGCGUUUGUGCAAAGCUCGAGAGCUAUUGGAUACGAGGGAUGA